UUUUUCUUAAGAUUCAGGGAUUUGGACUCUAAUAGAUUUGUCAAGAAACAAUUUAUAAUAUCAACUAUGGUUUCAAACACUCAUGACUAUGAUCGGAUUGUGGUAUCUAAAGAGGUUACAACAACAUCUUCCUCUAAAAACACAUAUGACUUGAACGAAUAUAAUAUUACAAAACCAUCUUUCUCAUUACUAUAUGAUUUAUCGAAGGUUUUAUACAUAUGUUUUAUCCAUUUAUGUUCAUCAUGGAUGGAAGAAUAUCUUUCAUUUCCAUGAAAAAUGAAUCUAACUACGGGUUUAUGUUUUUAGAAUGAGGAACAAAUGACAUCGUAUGUGCAGCCUGAUGACGAUAGUGUUGAAAAUAAAGAAGUUGCAGAAGCUAUAUUCCUUGAUGAUAACAAUGACUUGUCUCAUAUUGAGGGAGAAAUAACUGUUUGUGAUACAUGUGGUAUUCAAGGAUUUGAAGAUUUACUUGUGAUAUGUUGCAACUGCAAAGUUGGUGCUGAACAUACUUAUUGCAUGAUGAAAAAAAUAGAUAAGGUUCCCGAUAAUUGGUCUUGCUAUGAAUGCACUGAAGAGUUAGAUGGAAUGCGAGAAGAAAAGGGAAAUGAAGAAACCAACUCUAGAAAAAGGAAAGCAGAUGCUGUUAUUGAUUAUUUUGAGGCAUCAGAAAAAAUAUCAUCUCAAAGACAAACUAAUUUGUUGAAUACACAAAGUAAUCCUAAAAUCGGAGAUGUUAACUUGAACGUGGACCUUAACAUAAAACUAGAUGAAGUCCCUGGUAUAGAUAUUAACAAAGUCCAUGGCAUAGAUCUGAACAUAGAUCCUAACAUGGAACUAGGUGAAGUUCCUGGUAUAGAUAUGAACGAAAUCCGUAACAAAGAUCUGAAUGUGCAUCCCAACUGAAUAUGUCCAUGUUUCAUAUCUUGAGACAGGAUUUUCAAGUAACUUCCAAGCUCAAUGUGCUAAGAAACCUCGAAUGGAUACAAAACUCCCUUUUUAAAAUAACUUUGAAAAAAAAAUUAUUUUGUAAUUUCUAAUAAAAGAGAGCAUAAUAUAUAAAAAAAUAAA